AGCGAGGCGCGCCAUGGGAGCGCGGGCCGCCUUGCUGCUGGCGCUGGCGGCCGCGGCGACGCCCGGCCGAGGCGACCGCAACGUAUCAUCUCUGGAAGAAACGGGAUGCUACCUGAGACUGGAAACCUCGGUCGGUUACCUGGAAUCUCCGAACUACCCAGGAGACUACCCCGCCGGUCUGGAGUGCUGCUACGACAUCGCGCGCCCCACUCAAGGGCACUGCGGCGUUGCCUUACACGCUGAAACAUUCAAUGUGAUGAAAACGCCCGAAGACGGUGAAUUCUGCCUUUCUGACUGGUUUGUUAUGACGUCCUGCGUUCCCGAGGGAGGCAGUAGGCAGUGUGGAAAUUUGACAGGCACCUCAUUCCAUUACCUGUUCCAACCGGGUUCUAGAGCCAUGCGAUUCGUCUUCCACAGCUCGGGCCCGCCGCGACCCGGCGGCGCGCCUAGCCAGCGCACGGGGUACCGCACGGGGUACCGCCUGAGGUACCGCGUGCUGACGGACUGCGCGGGGCUGUACCAGGAGGCGACGGUGUCUCAAGUGGCCGACGGCCGGGCUCAGGUCCCUUGUUACACCCGCAUAGCGACCAAGCGGGGCAGCAUAAACACGCCUUACCACCCGAGACACUACCCGAGAAACAUCGACUGUGUCUACGAGUUCGUCAGGCCAGACCCGUUCAUCUGCGGUGUGCACAUGAGAUCAACGCAGUUCCACCUGGAGCCGGCGGUGUGGACGCCCCUCGGAGACGCCUGCUCCGACUACUUGCAGGCGCCGGGCUGCGGCUUCAUGUGCGGCCAGGUGGAGGUGGUGUGUGAGUGUCGGUCUGCUCCGCCUCCUCUCGAGUUCACUCGUCUUCCUGCAGAGGCUGUCCGGGUCUCAGUUCCCGGCCAGGCCAAACCUGGGGUUUCUCGAACGUGGGGGAAUGUGGCGGACAUUGCAAGUGAGCCGGUGGGAUUGUUCCCAGCACUACAUGUCUUACUGUUUCCAUUACAUGCUUUCGCUUCUGUGUGUGUUUUGGUGCCCGAGAUCACAGGCAUCACAUUGAUACAAAGAUAGAUUCGUUUCCAAUACCCAAACAUGAUUCAAUUAACAAUCAACAUGUGGUUAACCAAUUAACAAUCAACAUGUGGUUAACCAAUUUGGAGCCCACUAUAAUCAUGAGGUCAUCAUGCAUCCUUAAAUCUGUGCGUGACAUGAGACUGCUAUUUAUUUAUUUAUGUUUAUAACAUGCUUGACAACAGCCUAGGGUUUUAGCGGUAGGCACAACACACACAGACAGGUACAGAACAGAAAAUAAAAGACAAUACAAAAAUAAAACAAAAACAAGGACCUAAAUGGCCACUGCAAAUACCUGGACACUCCCCCUCAUCAGCAAGUACUACCUGAGGUGAAACCACAGCAGGUAGGCACAUCCACAGUUGGCCAACAUAAGUCAAUUCUAACCAGAUAAUUACAGUGACCAAAACAAAAAUGACUAGUAGAACAGAAACACGACACAAUGAAAUAUAAGAACAUAAAAUUUAAGACAUAAAUUAGAGCAUUAAUAAUCAACAAUAAUAAUAUUAAUUAUUCCUAAUUCUGCGUCUUAUGUUCUGAACUGGUUUUACACUUGGUUGUAUUAACUGUUACUCAAGCAGUUGUUUGAAUGUUUCCAGGGACGGCUUUGUACCAGCCCGGUGCGACAAGCCAGAAGUUUCACUUCCACUCGGAUGAUGCCAACUCAAUGCCGGGGUUCAUCAUCA